AUGGAUUCUCGUCCAUUGGACAUCACGGUGAUCUCCGCCAGUGGCCUAGAUAAUUUCUUAUUAGUCUUCAAGAUGAAAGUUUACGUCGUUGUUUCGUUGAUAAAUGGCAAAUCCGUCAUUGAAAAAAAGACCCAUAUGUCCAACGGCCGGAACCCUAGGUGGAACCACCGGAUUAAGUUCCCCGUCGAGGAGUCAGCCAUCCAGACCAGCACCCUCCUGUUUGUCCUCCGGCAACACCGCAUGCUUGGUGACAAAGACAUUGGCGAGGUAUCCAUCCCUGUCCGUGAACUCCUUGAGACAAACUCCGGUUAUGGAUCCACCGAACAUGAAGUCGACUAUCAGGUUCAGUCCACGAGAGGAAAAUGUAAAGGUACGUUCACCUUUUCACACGAAUUUAGAGAGAAGGUGCUUCCGGUUAGAGCAGACGGCGGUUCUCAUCCAGUACCGGUUCCAGGCACUGCAUACAUGGUAAAUCAACAAGGGAUGCCUGCUUAUCCCCAGCAACCAUACUCAACAACUCCUCCAGGAUAUGUAAACUACCCAUGCCCAGCGCCGCCCCAGUAUGGUGGCACGUGGUACCCACCACCGGGCACAACACCGCCAGGGACGUAUCCAUAUCCUCCUCCCCCACAGAUGGGUUAUAAUCAACAUUUGCAGCAAGGACCGUAA